AUGCCUCCUCCCCGUCCCGCAACAACAGCUCUCCGCAGCUUGUCGAAGCCAUUACAGCGCCAACAACUCCGUUCCUACACCUCCCCACCAAGUCCCGCAAGCCCAGCAGUAUCCCCCUUCGCGCCCCGCCACCUCCUCUCAAUAGCCGACCUCACCCCCUCCGAGCUCACCACCCUCGUCCGCAAUGCCUACCACCACAAGGCCACCAUAAAGUCCGGUUCCAUGCCUACGAACCUGCUAGGCGCGCUCACAGGCAAGACGGUCGCCAUGACCUUCAGCAAACGCAGCACGCGGACCCGCAUAUCGACCGAGGGCGCCGUUGUCACCAUGGGCGGCCAUCCGAUGUUUUUGGGGAAGGACGAUAUUCAGCUUGGUGUAAACGAGUCCCUCUACGACACCUCCGUCGUAAUCUCCAGCAUGGUGUCCUGCAUCGUCGCCCGCGUCGGCCCUCACUCCGACGUCGCAGACCUCGCGAAACACAGCACUGCCCCGGUCAUCAACGCGCUCUCAGACCUGUAUCACCCGCUGCAGACCAUCGCGGACUUUCUCACCAUGCACGAGGCGUUUCCGUCGACGUCUUCAUCACAAUCACACAGGGGCGCUGGGCUCGGGCUUGAGGGACUGAAAAUUGCGUGGGUCGGGGACGCGAAUAACGUGCUUUUUGACCUCGCGAUCGGGGCUGCGAAGCUGGGUGUUGAUGUCGCGGUUGCGACGCCGGAGGGUUACUCAAUCCCUCGCUCCAUGCGCGAGAUCAUCGAUGCUGCUGCUGCGUCUGCGCCGAAGGCGGGGCGGUUGACCGAGACGACUGUGCCGGAGGAAGCGGUCGAGGGUGCUGAUGUGAUAGUCACCGACACGUGGAUAUCGAUGGGGCAGGAGGAGGAGAAGGCGAAGCGGAUUAAGGCAUUCGAGGGGUUCCAGGUGACGAGCGAGUUGGCGGAAAGAGGGGGCGCGAAGCAGGGGUGGAAGUUUAUGCAUUGUCUACCGAGGCACAAGGAAGAGGUCAGCGAUGAGGUGUUUUACUCGCCGAGGAGUCUUGUGUUCAAGGAGGCGGAGAAUAGGCUGUGGGCGGCUAUAAGUGCGUUGGAGGGGUUUGUGGUGAACAAGGGGAAGAUAGAGUAA